AUGACAGAUGAAGGAGAACAACACCGAGCUGCCGUCCUACAUUUCAAGUCCAAUGAAUAUGUCAAAGCUCUAUCUAUUUUCAACCAACUAAUCUACAAGCAGAGACAAACUGGGUUGAAGAACGGCAAGGGCAAGUUGUCGUUGUCCACUUUGUUGGACCAGCGUGCAGCUACUCAUGAGAAAAUGGGGCAAUCUAAUCUUGCUUUGAAAGAUGCGAGAAAGAUCAUGGAGAUUGAGCCUGCGAAUUGCAAGGGCUACUUGCGCACGGGCAAGUUACUCUGUUUGAUGAAUAGGAAGUUCGAUGCCUACAAGGUGUACCAGGAAGGGAUCUACGUGAUUAGCAAAUUGAGCAACGAGGGUCGAGCUGACAAGGAUGAAAAGUUGUUUCUAAGCUUGAAGCAGCAGUACAGAGUGCUCAAUGCGGAAUUGAAAGCAGAUCGUGGAAAUAGCCAACCCGUGACCAAGAGAAAAACCGGGGGAGCUGUCGCAACGACGACGAUGACAACGACUCAUCAACCCGCAAAGAGACAGAGGGUAAGAAAUCUAGACCCAUGUCGGUGUCUCCCACUUGAGAUUAUGGAAUUGAUCUUCCACAACUUGUCUGAUCGUGAACGAUCUUUGUGCUUGUUGGUGAGCAAAAAGUGGCAUCAAACCUUGACGGCAUUUGCAUCUUUCUUCAAGUUUGAUUGCAAACGAGCAGUCACAGUUGAAGAGUUUGCCAAUGGUGUGAAAUUUUUCAAAAGACUCUCAACAUGCUCAGCGCGUUGGCGAAUAAAGCAGCUAAAGGUCAACCAAGUCGCCAGGCAGAAAAUAUCCCAUAUUCUCCAUUCCUUGAUUUGCGAACCGCUGUUUCCCGUGGAGUCACUAGACAUACUGGAUGCCUUGCUCAAUUUGCAAAUGCUUUACGCCGUGCUCGCCAAAAACAGUUGGCGGUUGAAUAACUUUCACAGACUCCGGAGUUUGAAAUUGGGGAUCAACUGCAGCAUGAAAUACCCGCACAUUUUGCUCCAGCUUUUCCCAAAACUUGACGAACUCGAGAUUUGCAUAAUAUUACCAGAGCAUAGCAAAAUGAGCUUGCUUCCCAUAAACGACAGAAAGUUUAAAUUGCUCAAGGAAAACAGAAGGCUAACACAUCAUUUGAAAAAGUUGACAUUGGUCAACCAUACAAAGUUGUUGAAAAGCGAGGGUGUGGCCAUCACUGCUCUGACGUAUAGUCCGUUCCCAGUUCUAAUUGACCAGCAUUUGCCCGAGUUGGUUGAGUUGAAGCUAGUGUCAUUUCAAUUUGGCAACCAUCACCUCCCGGAAUUUGGCACUUUUCUAGCAUCUCUCGACCAGUUGAAAAGCCUAUACCUUGAAAACAAUGAUGGCUUGAACUUGUUGACGCUAUUGCAAAUGUUUCUCAAUUACAAUCCGAAAUUCCGGUUGCUACAUUUUACAUUUAGAGAAAACUGCAUCUACUCGGCCAUGUCACUACAGCAAAUAUCUGCCUCGUAUUUGACGCAACUCACCGAGUUGAAUACCCUUGAUUUGUUUGGUAAUUGCCUCACAAAGAUGGGCUUGUUGAAACUUUUAAAAAUCUGCGGCAAGAGCCUUACAUCGCUCAACAUAGGGAACUCCAGCUACAUCACUUUUGAGCUACACAAUCCAAGCCAGCUCCACAUGAGCCAAGUCUCGUUGCUCUGUCCGGACUUGGAGGCUUUGUAUUUGCAUGAGAUGAACAUUGACAGCAGUGCCAUGUUGCAAAUCACCAAGCACUCUUUCAACGGGGACACCAAGCUCAAGUGGAAGCAAUUGGAUCUAAGCUUUAACCAAUUUGAUGGGGUUGACUUGAUGAAAUUUUUGGAGGAACUUAAAAAGCAUGUGGUUGCACCGCUUGAGGACCUAUACUUGCAUGGAUCCACGAUUCAAGAAGACAUGCUAGCCUAUGUGAGGAGAAGAAAAUUUGCUCUAAACUGCCUGAAUGACCCGCAAAGGGCCCGCUGGAGGGUAUACGGUGUAAAUAGUUGGAUCUUGUAG